GUGGUCACCGUGAGAUUUGUUCUCCGUUUGCUUCCUGCUGCAGAGGAGAACUGUGGUGUGACCAGAACCAGACCAGACUGAGCGGCAUUUCCACCAAUUACACCGGACAAUGAAACUAUCAGAAACCUAUUUUAAUGUUUGCUCCGUCGCGGUUAUACUGCUGAUGAUGGGUCUUUCAACUCCUGGACAAGCAGAUAUCAGCAGUUUGGACACAGGAAACAUUGAUGACAUACUAAAUAAUGCUGGGGUGGCAUUGGUCAAUUUUUAUGCAGACUGGUGUAGGUUCAGUCAGAUGCUACAUCCCAUUUUUGAGGAGGCAUCAAACAUAGUGAGGGAGGAGUUUCCUGAUACGAAACAAGUGGUGUUUGCUCGUGUUGACUGUGACCAGCAUUCGGAUAUAGCUCAACGGUACCGCAUCACAAAGUAUCCCACGUUGAAGUUGUUCCGCAAUGGAAUGAUGAUGAAGAGGGAGUACAGAGGUCAGAGGUCGGUGACGGCUAUUGCUGACUUCAUACGCCAGCAGCAGGUCGACCCUGUGAAAGAGCUGCAGUCGCUGGAUGAAGUUAAUAAAGUGGAUAGGAGCAAAAGAAACAUCAUAGGAUACUUUGAAAAAAAGGACUCUGACAACUACCGCACAUACGAGAAGGUUGCAAACAUCCUUCGAGAUGACUGCGUGUUCCUGGCUGCUUUUAAUGCUGUGUCAGAGACUGAGCGUGUCAGUGGGGACAAUGUGAUCUUCAAACCUGUAGGGGAGAAUGUCCCCGACAUGGUCUACCUCGGUUCGCUCACAAACUUUGACCUGACCUACGCUUGGACCCAGGACAAGUGUGUACCUCUGGUCAGGGAGAUCACAUUUGAAAAUGGAGAGGAGCUCACUGAAGAAGGGCUCCCUUUCCUGAUCUUGUUCCACAUUAAAGAAGACUCAGAAAACUUGGAGAAGUUCCAACAUGAGGUGGCUCGCCAGCUUAUCAGUGAAAAAGGCUCUAUAAACUUCCUGCAUGCAGACUGCGAUAAGUUUCGUCAUCCUCUGCUUCAUAUCCAAAAGACUCCUGCUGACUGCCCCGUCAUCGCUAUAGACUCUUUUAGGCAUAUGUAUGUCUUUCCCAACUUUCAAGAGCUAACUGUCCCUGGAAAACUGAGACAGUUUGUAUUGGAUCUUCAUUCUGGGAAGUUGCACAGAGAGUUUCACCAUGGUCCUGACCCUACGGACAGCACACCUGGGCAGGAGGAGCUGGGAGGAGAAAUGGCCAGCAACCCUCCAGAGAGCUCAUUCCAGAAACUGGCACCAAGUGAGACUCGCUACACCAUCCUCAGACGGGACCGUGACGAACUGUGACCUCCGUGGCCUUCCAGUGAUCCUGUGACUCAAUGCCACACCCCAGGGUCAGGGGAGGGGUUAGAGUUGGGACAGAACAGCAACACCCAGCAUCCUUACUGAAGCUUGAGUGAUGAAAAGGACAAAGAACACGAGAUGCGAGGAGUGCACCCCAUGACACAACCAUGUUGGAAUAACCUAUAUUUUCAUAACUCUUUCACGUACAAUUUUUAUUUUGGAUUAAAAGGAGGGGUGGAUAUGAGUGUAUGGGCAGGGGUUAGGGGGGCAUUAGAACAUUAAAAAGUGUUUUUAGUUUUAUUUUUUGAAGUUUGUAAAUAUAUUUGUGUUAGAUGGGAGUCUCAUUGUUGGUCUAAAUUAAGAAAUUAUUUUA